AUGUCAACAAUUUCACCGUCGCUUCCUUUCAACCGUGCCCCCCUCCCGCUUAUGUUUCCCCCUCCUUCUCUUCCGACGUGUCUGCCAUCAUACAUGCUGGUCCCACGCUCGCGCUUCACCUCCCAGCCAUCUUCUCGUAGGUCGGGUGCAUGCUCACCGAGAUACUGCAAAUUUCACAUCUCACCUUCGGCCCUUUUCUAUUUUUGGCAGCGAUGGCAACCGGAAGCCUGUCUACGCUACCUCACCCUCGCAUACUCUCAGUCAGCGCUCUUAGACCGCCCUGGUCAUGGCUCUCGGAAUCGCCUGUCUGACCUCCUCUCCCACCGCCGGUGCCUCGCAGCCCUUGAUUUCGACCUGCCUCUCGUGUAUGCACGCUUGCCCUACCCCCUUGUUCGCUCGUGCCCCUUGCCAAUACGACACCGCCCCUAUCCCUUCCCCUAUGCCGGCCUCCUCCCCCAGUUGUGGCUCACCGUGGCUGUCUCACCUCCUACCUUCCCCGCCCCACCCCGUCCUUACACCGCCCCUCCGUCCCCCUGGAUCAUCCUUCCCCCCUCAUGCUUCUCUGGUUUCACCCUGGGCCCUCAGGUGGCCCUGAUAUCCCGCUGCUCCACCUUCCGCCCUUUCUGA